AUGUCUAUUGUAUUCAUUUUAUUGUCAUUAAACCAACAGCCCGUGCUAAUCAAAGUGGCAUCUACGAGUGGUUUUCUUAUUGUCCGAAUUUGUUCUAUUUGGAUAAAGAUGUCAACGUCACAAAUGACAGCAGCAACAGGUGAUAGCAAUAACAUCUCAACAACUCAAGCAACUGUCAGUGCACCGCCAACAGUCACAGCAUCGACCACCGUCGUGCAAUUAUUGCCAUUAGAACUUGUCGAUAAAUGUAUUGGUUCAAGAAUUCAUGUGAUUAUGAAAUCAGAUAAAGAAAUUGUUGGUACUUUGUUAGGAUUUGACGAUUAUGUUAAUAUGGUACUUGAAGACGUCACUGAAUUCGAAACAUUACCGGAUGGUGGUAGUCGUAUAACUAAACUCGAUCAAAUUCUGUUAAAUGGCAAUCAUGUUGCCAUGCUUGUACCCGGUGGCGAAGGACCAAGUACUUCCAGUGGUGCAGUAUAA